AUGCUGGCCUCCUCGAUCUCCGGAACCCCGUUCAGCGUCCGCGACAUUCUCAGCGAGGAUCAGCAACUGAGCAUCAUGGAUUGCUACCCGAACGCUCACCACCAGCACCAGAUCCAGCAGCAACACGUGGCCCAAGAGUAUUACAAUUACAUCGUGCCGGAGAGUCAAUGGGAAUUCGAGAAAUUCAAGGAGCAAACCAUGCAGAGCUACCCCCAUUACCCGGAACUGAGCCACGCUCAUCAGCUGAAUCAAAUACCCCCGCAGUAUCAAGAGCCCCCGAUCAUAGAAGACGGUAACGUGGUGACAUCGAGCAAGACCGAACUACGGAAGGGUCAGUCCGGCAAGAGGACCAAGCGGAAGCCCAGAGUUCUCUUCUCCCAAACUCAAGUCUACGAGCUGGAGCAGCGAUUCAAGCAACAGAGAUACCUAAGCGCGCCGGAGAGAGAGUUGCUGGCGCAGACUCUGAAGCUGACCAGCACCCAGGUGAAGAUCUGGUUCCAGAACCGUCGUUACAAGAACAAACGGGCGAGGAUCGAGGACGCGGAGAAGCUGCAGGCCCAGAGCAUGAAGAACCAAUCGCUGAAGAAGAUCUCCGUGCCGGUGUUGAUCAAGGACGGGAAGCUGAACAUGCAGGACUCGUACAAUCCCCCGUACUGGCCGAACAUCAGGCCGGAGUUGACCGUGUCGGUGCAGUCCGAAUUCCGAAUGAACGAGAUUCGGCACACGAGCGACGCUAGGAUGGACUCGAGCAUCAGCCCGGAGUACAAGCAGGAGAUGAGCUCCGAUAUGAGCGGAAAAUCGAGCUUGAGCGGUGAUCUGCAGCCCAGACAGCACGUUCAGGAGUACAGGAACAGUGUCCCGACGGUGCACGAUUGUCAGAGGCAGAUCAAGGCUGAGUACAAGGACAACGAGACGCCAUUCCCGGAGAUGAAGUGCCUACCGACGGACAACAAACCGAUCGUCAGCGACGGCAGACCGGCCAUGGGGGUACCCAACGGCGACUACGGGUUCGCCAAUUACUUGGGACCGGCCAAUUACCAGAUGCAGUACGUAAAUUACAUGGACCAGGUGCCCAUGGACCAGAAUCUCCAGCGACUGUGGUAG